AUAAGUUGAAUUCCAACACAAAUUCUGUGCUUUACAUCUAAGAUGUAAAAAGAAAGUUUAACUUUAAACCAAGUCAAAUGUACACAGGCACUAACCAUUGCUGUUUUUCUUCCCAGAGUCUGGAGAUGGCAAAAGCUUAUGUGAAACCCAAGGAGAUGACAGAGUUGGUCAACACACCAUCUUGGAUGGACAAAGGUCUGGCCUCUCAGAAUGAGGUAAAGGAGGAGGAGAGAAGACUGGGUGCUUAUGGAAUGCUUGGCAGCUUAGCUGAAGAUCAUGACAGUAUUGAGGAGGAAGAAGAAGAGGAAGAAGAUGGGGAGAAGCCUAAAAGAAGAGGUCCCAAGAAAAAGAAGAUGACAAAAGCUCGCCUUGAGAGAUUCAGGGCUCGAAGAGUCAAGGCUAAUGCUAGGGAACGGACCCGGAUGCACGGCCUGAAUGAUGCCCUGGACAAUCUGAGGAGGGUCAUGCCGUGCUACUCUAAGACCCAAAAGCUCUCCAAGAUAGAGACUCUUAGACUGGCCAGGAACUAUAUUUGGGCUUUGUCUGAGGUCCUAGAAACUGGACAGACACCUGAAGGGAAGGGCUUUGUGGAGAUGCUCUGUAAAGGGCUCUCUCAGCCUACAAGCAACCUGGUGGCUGGGUGCCUCCAGUUGGGCUCUCAGUCCGUCCUCCUGGAAAAGCGUGAGGAGAAAUCGAUCUGUGACUCUGCCAUCUCUGUCCACAACUUCAACUAUCAAUCUCCUGGGCUCCCCAGCCCUCCUUAUGGCCAUAUGGAAACACAUCUUAUUAAUCUCAAACCCCCAGUAUUCAAGAGUUUGGGAGAGUCAUCUUUUGGGAGCCACCCACCUGACUGCAGUACACCACCUUAUGAGGGCCCACUUACUCCACCCCUGAGCAUCAGUGGGAACUUCUCCUUGAAGCAAGAUGGCUCCCCUGACCUGGAUAAAUCCUACAGUUUCAUGCCACAUUACCCUGCUGCAAGUCUAAGCUCAGGGCAUGUGCAUUCAACUCCUUUUCAGGCUGGCACCCCCCGCUAUGAUGUUCCCAUAGAUAUGUCCUAUGAUUCUUACCCCCACCACAGCAUUGGGGCCCAACUCAAUACAAUCUUCACUGACUAGGGCAGUCAGACCAGCAUUUCAGAGAAAGAUGCCUGGAGACAUUUUCCAUAGCUCAAGUCACUGAGCUGAGGAUUCGGUGACCUUAAUGGGACCCUAUAGAUAUAUAUCAAACACAAUAGUCCUAGGCUCUUUGGGUCUCCCUAACCUGUCACCCUCCUUUCUCAUCAAUUUCUCAUAUUGUAUUGAUUCCUUUAUUUUGGGUCCUCACAAGAAAUUAUUUGAUUGUUUACAAUCAUGUGAAAAUAGAUCAGAAGCCCUGGGUCUUAUCCUGGUGGUGCCAAAACUCACUGGAUGGUCUAUGCCAAUUCGUUUUUCAUUUCUGGCCUCUGUUUACUUACUGGUAAAUCAGGAAAUUGUUCUAAGUUUAGAUAAUUUCUAAAGUUCUUCACAGUUAUGGAAUUCUAUGACUUUGGGGAUCAUUCCUACAAACUUCUUAACGGUGGAAGGACUGAGGAGUAAUAGGAAAUGGACACUAUGUAUGGGAUGAUCGGAUGGAAUUGCCAAAGGAGCACCAGGUGCAUGUCUUUCAGACUUGAUGAAAGGACUUCUUUGCAUCCAUCUAAAAAUAGCUUCCAGAGGCUGACAUUCUACCUUGAUUGUCACUGUGAAUAAUGUUCUUUAAGAGAUUAGCUCUAUUUCUUACUGGGCUGAAAGCUGAACAUAUCUUCCUUAGUAAUUUGAGAAGCAUAAUAGAGAUCUCAUACCAACUUGAUUCUUGAUAACAUUUCAAAAGCACUUUUCUCAGUACUCGAAGUGGGGCAAGCAAGACACUGAAACCUUAGACUCUUCCAAGCCAACAGGACUUGGAGAAUCAUUUCAUGACCUUCAUAACCAGAGAGGCAUGGAAAUUCUGAUGAAACUCAGGUUCUGCUAUUGGAAUCAGCAAACAACCCAGGUCACAUUCAAGAGCAAUAAAAUGGCCAUUGGAUACUAACUAACCAUCAUUUUGGGACUCUUAACCUGUCCAUAGGAAAACCACUAGGUUUUCUUUGGCAAGAUGAAUUUCAUUUGGUUAAAGAAAGCAUGGCUAAAAACCACUAACAUCUGCCCACACAUAUAUUCUCAAAGCACAAGCACCAGUCAAUUUAUUGACCAAACUUGAAUUUUUCCAACAUAUAUAAUUCCUUAUCUCCUUUCCCACUAAUAGUUACCUCUUCUUCACUUUUAAAAUAUGUUAUUACAUAUUGUAAAUAACAUUUCAAGUGACCAAACUUAGGGAUGUAGAAAUCAAAUCCAAGGUCAGCAAAUGCUUUUACUAAUCUAUGUCUUCAUCACAGAUUUAUCCUGAUUUGCAGGAUGUUUAUUUUCUUCAUGUAACUCUUCUUUCCUUUAUAUUAGCAGUCAUUUUGUUAAGUUUAUUUUUUCCCAGAGAAAUGUGAUCUGAGAAGUUUCACUGUCCUGUUCAAUCUGCCAGAACAAUUAUUUAAAACAAACCAAAAGCCUACAUGGUUUACAUGAUAGUGGAUCAUAUCCUGCUCCUGCCAGAGAGGAUAAGUUUAGGAAGCAGGCAGGGUACACAAAUAGGGCCAAUGAAUAAAAUUGAUAAGGCAGAUUAGUAUGUGAUUUUCUACAGCUCAGCUAACUCCUAAAACCUGCCAAACUAUUUGUGUAUCGACUUUUUUUUACCCUUACUUAUUAUCUCCUUAUAGCCAAAGUCAUUUUCUUUUCAUUUUGCUUGCAACACGAACCUUACUUUUUUUUUGCACCCUUAAUUUGUAAAUCUACUUGAAAGUACCCUUGAAGAGAGAUCCUAAACCCCAUCAGCCACCAAAGUGGCUCCCCUCACCGUGAUUUGCCCUAGAGGGAAUAGACAAGUAAAAUGAUUGAUGAAGCCAUCCUCGGUGCUUUCUGAGUCUAUACUGGUUCUUACCUUCCUGAAAAGUUAUGGGGGUGGGGGAAGCUAUCCUUGAAGUUAGCAUUUUGUGGCAUUUAAGUUUGUAGAUAAUGAAUGUUGUCUGAGUUAUUUAUUAGAUAUUUAUUUAAUUUAUUUCUCAUUUUCAUGCAAAUUCCUUAGGUUGUAUACAUGUGCUUGCAAACCCUCCCCAAGACUUCAUUCGGAAAGUAGCUCAUAAUUUUGCUAGGAAUUCCUGAGUUUUGGGAUGAGGGCAAAGGAGGAAGUUAGUGCAAAGUUACCUAUACGAAUUUUAUAAAAAGCAGCAAUAAUUUGAAUGGCUAUGCAAGUUAAUAUUUCUUAGUUUUUUUUCUUCACUCUAAGAUGAGCCAAUCAUUUUGGCUCAUUGUUUAUGCUUUUAGGGACUAUGGUAUCUGUGAACCAGUGCGGGAUUGUUCAGAGAUUUCAUAAUUGAAUAAAAUUUGUAAAUGCCGUGUAAUUGGAAAGAACCUACUCUCCAACCCUGGAUGGUCUUUUUGUUCUGGGGACUUUACCCAAUAAUGCAAAACAAUUGUUUAAACAUUUUGUAAAAAAAAAAAAAAAUGUUUUUCCUCUUUUUCUAGCAGAAAUAAAGCUGUGAGUCUUAAUAGA